AAAGUUCAGCUGGAGCAGGGACAAAUACAGAACAAAUUUUGUGUGUAUUUGUAACUAGGGCACCACAGCAAUAGAGGAAGCCAAAAUGAGCCAGAAAAACAAAAGGAGUUUAAAGGAGAAAUUUUCCUUGAAGAACAGCUUGGUUAAAGAAGCCCUCUCAGAGUUCCUGGGAACUUUUAUACUGAUAGCUCUGGGCUGUGGGUGUGUGGGCCAGGCCGUGCUGAGCCGCGGGGCGCAUGGAGGGCCCAUGACUGUGUCGGUGGGCUUUGCCAUGGCAGUCACCAUAGCAGUGUACGUGUCUGGGGGCGUUUCUGGUGGUCACAUAAACCCAGCUGUUUCAUUAGCCAUGUGCGUGACUGGAAGAUUAAAAUGGACCAAAUUACCAAUUUACAUAUUAGCACAAUUCCUGGGAGCAUUCAUUGGAGCAGCAGCUGUCUUUGGGAUUUAUUACAAUGCCUUUAUGGAGUACAGCGAUGGAAAACUUGAAGUCACAGGACCAAAUGCAACAGCACAAAUCUUUGCAACAUAUCCAGCUCCCUAUCUGUCCCUUGUAAAUGGAUUUGCAGAUCAGGUGAUGUCAACAGCUGUUCUUCUUCUGGCUAUAUUUGCUAUUUUUGACACCAAAAAUAACAGUGUUCCCAAGGGCCUGGAGCCAAUUGCAGUAGGACUUCUUAUAAUUGUUCUUACUUGCUCCUUGGGAAUGAACAGUGGCUGUGCCAUGAACCCAGCCAGGGAUCUUGGCCCAAGGCUCUUCACAGCCAUUGCAGGAUGGGGGAUGGAAGUAUUCACGGCUGGUAAUAAUUGGUGGUGGGUUCCUAUAGUUGCACCUCUGCUGGGAGGUGUACUUGGAGCAAUGAUCUAUGUCAUUUUUAUUGAAAUUCAUCACUCAGAUCCUCAGCCAGGAGAAGAAAAUGAUGUGCACACUAAAUAUGAAUUGACCAAUAUGGCAUAAGAAGAGAAGAAUUUUCUGUCAUUGUGUUGUGCAGUUUUUAUGCAAAUGGUUGUUUGGACCACUGUAUGAAACCCAUGUCUUGAUUAGAAAUUCACCUUUCAAAGCAGACAUUCUGUACAGAAGUUCACAACUGAAGUCUUUCCAUGAAACAUUGGGCUGAUCAUAUUCAAAAUUGGUAUCUUGAGUAUGGGAAGGCUAAAUUGUCCUUUCCAUAUGGCUUUUAGGUCAAGUUAUUCUAGAUGCAAUUGUGGUGAGAUUAUACACUGACUUGUUAAUUCAACUCAUGUGAUCUUAAUCAUGCUGUCUAAUGAACUGAAAAUAGUUGAGAUAUUGAUACAAAACUGCAUGUAUAGCUAGUUAAUGAGUUCAGUGCUGAAUUAAUGUGCAAGAGCAUCACUCACUUCUUAAGAGUGGCUCGCCUAAACAUUUAAAACAAUACUCAAAUUGGCUAAAUGCCAAUUGAAACAGUUUAAAAUAACUUUACUAAAGUUUAUGGAGCCACUUCUGAUCAACAAGAAAUCAACUCCUCAGUGAUUAGGUUUAGUAAUUCACAAUAUGAUCACAAAAGGUAAAAACUGCUUGUUGUAAGAUCAGCACCAAAGAGACAAAGGGUAACUUCUGCACAGGGUCUUCACAGCAUUAAUGCUUAGUUAUUUUUAGAUUAUUUACUUGGCCUUUAUGCUACCCAAUAUUAAAAGCCUUAUGUAGAAUACUAAUCUGCAUCUCUUCCGCUGUGCUUUCUGGAUACAAUUCAUUCCUGUGGAGAUGGCCCAGCAAGGGGCUGAUGCUGUGCAGAGGUCAGCACAAAGCCUAGGUCUGUAUAAGCUUUAAAG